UAGUUUAUAUGACCAAAUUUAUAUUUUAGAGCAAUCAAGUAAAAAGCAGUUCACACAUGGAAUUAGAAGGGCCUAAGCUGGCUACAGAGCACCUUAAGGAGGAGAAUGUUUUUAUAGACGAAAUUGUCACUGACCGCCAUGUCCAGAUCCAAAAGUGCAUAAGAGAAAAUUUGCUGGGCACGAAGCAUUCUUAUGAUGUAUGGCAUGUAGCGAAAGGAAUAAAGAAGAAGCUUACUGCUCUGUCGAAACAGAAAGAUUGUGAAGUUGUUGGUAAGUGGGUCAAAAGUAUCAGUAAUUACGUCUACUGGUCAGCAGCUUCAACUUCAGAUGGUGAUCAAGAGACAUUGUUGGCAAAAUGGUUGUCUCUUUCCAGCAAUAUCCAGAAUAUCCAUCAUUGUCAUUGUCCAAAAUUUCCAAAUUGCUUGCAUGGUGAUUUAGAGUCGAGAGAAUGGCUUAAGUCGGGAACCAAGGCGUGUGCUAAAGUAGAAGAUGUGAUAACAAACACAAGGCUUUGUAAUGACAUCGGAAAGCUGUCGACCGGCCCUCAGACAUCAGAAAUGGAGGCAUACCACAGUGUGUUGAACCAUUUUGCACCAAAGAUGCAUUCCUACAGAUAUCAUGGUCAGCUUUGCAGAGAAGAUUUAGAGAGAGUGGAAAGUGAUGCCCCUUCCACACUUAGUACCCCAGCCCCACCUUUCCUGAAUAGUGGUAAAAGAAGACCAUGUAAAGAUGAGACAUCUAAAACUCUGAGCAGAUAUACUAAACAAUGA